UUGAAUUUUGUAGAGUGGAGUCUCAUAAGUUUUAAUUCAAAAAUGUUGUACGGAAAAUUUUCUUUUGUGAUCCUUUUGCUUGGUGCCUUUUUGGCAGUUAAUGCACAAAAUGAAGAAUGUGGUCCAAAUGAAGAAUACACAUGGUGUGGAUCAGCUUGUCCAGAAACUUGCAACAGUGACCCAAUGCGUAUGUGUACCAUGCAGUGUGUCAUCGGAUGUGUUUGUAAAGAUGGCUUUGUAAAGGGAAACGAUGGAAAGUGCAUACCAAAAUCGAGUUGUUAGGUAUCAGCUGGAUACUAACUUAACGUCUACACUGGCUAAACUUUUUUAAGCA